AUGGUUGCUACCCCUGUGAACAGCAGCAGCAUGCGGAUUCCAGUUGUAGCCGGUAGUCCGAACCGCACUCGGGCGCCUCUUGCGCCGCCAGGGAUGCCGUCACUGGCGCAUCUGGGGAACAAGAACGACGCCUCGAAAGCGGCUACUAGUACCAAUGCUAGCGAUAGUGAUGUGGCGGGUGAGAGCAGCAAGGGUGCGACAUCUACCAGUGCGGUCGGAAAAAUGGUCCAGGAAUACUGGCGCAAAGAGGAGCAGCGCGAAACUAGGGAACACCAGAGACAAUCGAAUCUGUUUCGACAGAAAUAA